UCACGGGCCUCCGGCGAGGGAAGGUGUGGGGGAGGCCCCUGAGGGGUGUGUGUACCCCCCGCCGCCGCGUGCGUGGCCGUUACUGGUGGCCACUGCAGCCGUUGGUUCUGCCGUUUUAAUCUUCGUGAGGGCGGGCGAGCUGCCCGGCGGUUCAAAACGCCGUUGUUUUUCCAGGAAAGGUUGGGAUAUAUAAAGCGGCGACGGCAGCCGCGGGGCUGUGAGGUGUGUGUGGAAUCAUGGAAUGGUUCGGGUUGGAAGGGAUCUUAAAGAUCAUCUGGUUCCAACCCCCCUGCCCUGCGCAGGGACACCUCCCACUAGACCAGGCUGCUCAAAGCCCCAUCCAGCCUGGCCUUGAACACCUCCAGGGAUGGGGCAUCCACAGCUUCUCUGGGCAACCUGUGCCAGUGUCUCACCACCCUCACAGUAAAUAAUUUUUUCCUCAUAAAUUUGUGAGCUGAGAUCAAAAAUCCUUCUCUUGCUGCUCCUGCAGCACAGGCUCCUGUGUACAGAGCGUGCAUUGGCUUCUCCCUCCAUCCCCUAAAGCUUACCGGAGAAGAUCAAGAUGAGUCUACGGAAGCAAACCCCUAGUGACUUCCUAAAGCAAAUCAUUGGAAGGCCAGUUGUUGUAAAAUUAAAUUCUGGAGUAGAUUAUCGAGGUGUCCUGGCUUGCCUGGAUGGGUACAUGAAUAUAGCUCUGGAACAGACUGAAGAAUACGUAAAUGGACAAUUAAAGAACAAGUACGGGGACGCAUUUAUCCGAGGAAAUAAUGUGUUGUACAUAAGCACCCAGAAGAGGAGGAUGUGAAGAUGCCAGAAGGACGCUGUUUUGUAUUUGUGAAGCUCUUCAAAGUGAUGAGCCCUAUUUGAUUUGUAGUUGUUAAUCCACAGGUGAAAUACACAAGUGUUUAAAUAUUUUUUUUAAAUAAAUGUAAAUUAGUGUAAACUUGCUGAAUGUUUUUGUUUCAAAGCAUUGCUUUGUUCCACUGUACAGAAAAAAAAUAAAAGAGAAGCAUGUAACAGUG